AUGCAUAUCACUCCCACUGUUGCAGCCCUCUGCGUUGGUGCCUUGUCAAAGGCUGCCCAUGCGACCACAUCGCAGAAUUGCUGCUCAGAAUUGGAAGCCACUGCCCUGAAGAGCCAGGUCACCUAUCCCAACAGCGCCGCUUACAAGACAUCGAUCGACUCGUACUGGGCCGAGAACGUUAAGCUCGAGCCUACCUGUGUCGUGCAGCCACGCACUGCCAAAGAGGUUUCUCUCGCCGUUUCCACACUCGUUGCCUCUGAUGCUGGGUCUUGCAAGUUCGCUGUUCGCGGUGGUGGUCACACUACCUGGGCGGGAGCGAGCAAUAUCGCCGAUGGUGUGACAAUUGAUCUGUCAUUGAUGAAUACCACCACCUACAACGAAAAAGCUGGUAUUGCUUCUAUCCUUCCUGGAUCUCGCUGGGGAGCUGUCUAUGAUACUCUGGCGAAGUACAAUGUGACGGUUCCCGGUGGCCGCUCUAACGUUGUGGGUGUUGCUGGAUUUUUGCUCGGCGGUGGUAAUACUUUUCACACUUCACGUGUUGGAUUUGCUUGUGACAAUGUCGAGAACUACGAGGUUGUUUUGGCGGAUGGUACCAUCAUCGAAGCCAACAGGAAUUCUCAUGCGGAUCUCUUCAAGGCUCUGAAGGGUGGAUCCGGUAACUUCGGAAUUGUCACCAAGUAUGACAUGAAGGUCAUCGAAGGCGACAAACUUUGGGGUGGGCUUGUCACAUACGACAAUAGCACUAGCUUGAAGCACCUUGAAGCUGGUCACGAGUUCAUCAACAACCUCGGAAAAGACCACUACGCUUCUUGGAUUGGUAUGUGGGAGUACUUGUCUGUGACUGACCAGAAUAUGAUUGCCAAUGCCCUGGAGUAUACCAUUCCUGUGGCUUACCCCCCGGCUUUUGACAGCUUCACCUCUAUCGCCAAUACUAGCAGCUCGAUGCGUGUUACCAACCUUUGGAACCUUACCGAGGAGAUCGUUCAGGCAUAUGGAUACCGCGACGUUUUCGUCACUGCCACAUUUGUGAACAACCUCGAUGUGAUGAAGAAAACUAUCGAAAUCCACAACCGGAUGAUUGAGGAGGCUAGGGGGAGUACCAAGGGCGACGACUACACCAUGUUCACCAUGAUCCAGCCUUGGCCCAAACUGUUCACCGAUCACAGCAUUAAGCAAGGUGGCAAUAUGCUGGGCCUUGACCGUUUCGAUGAGAACCUGUUCCAGGUCCUAAUUGACUACUCGUGGAAGAAUGAGGCCGAUGAUGACUUGUUCAACAGACUGGCUAAUAGUGCUCUCGAGGAGUUGGUCAACUACUCAAAGUCAAUUGGAGCUAACAAUGAGUUUAUUUACCUAAACUACGCCAACAGCAACCAAGAUCCUCUGUCGAACUACGGCCGCGAGAACGUGGAGUACAUGCGUACCGUCGCUAAGAAGUACGACCAGGCCGGUGUUUUCCAAACCCAGGUGCCUGGCGGGUUUAAGAUCAGCGCUGUGGGCCAGUGA